CUUCCCCGGCUGCACGCGGAGCCGGGACGCGAGACAUGGAGGAGACGCCGCCCCCGCUGCUGGGCAGCAGCAAGCCGCACCUGGAGAAGCUGACCUUGGGGGUCACUCGCAUCCUAGAAUCAUCCCCAGGUGUGACAGAGGUGACCAUCAUAGAAAAACUACCUGCUGAACGUCAUAUGAUUUCUUCAUGGGAACAAAAGAAUAACUGUGUGCUGCCUGAGGAUCUGAAGAACUUUUACCUGAUGACCAACGGCUUCCACAUGACGUGGAAUGUGAAGCUGGAUGAACAUACCAUUCCAUUGGGCAGCAUGGCAAUUAACAGCAUCUCAAAACUGACUCAACUCAACCAGUCUUCCAUGUACUCACUUCCUAACGCACCAACUCUGGCAGACCUGGAGGACGAUAUACAAGAAGCCAGUGAGAACCAGCCAGAGAAGCCUCACUUUGAUUCUCGCAGCGUGAUAUUUGAGUUGGAUCCUUGCAACGGGAAUGGGAAGGUUUGCCUUGUCUACAAAAGAGGGAAACCAGGAUUAGCACAGGACACUGAGAUCUGGUUCCUGGACAGAGCAUUAUACUGGCAUUUUCUCACAGACACCUUUACUGCCUAUUACCGCCUGCUCAUCACCCACCUGGGCCUGCCCCAGUGGCAGUACGCCUUCACCAGCUAUGGCGUCAGCCCCCAGGCCAAGCAAUGGUUCAACAUGUAUAAACCCAUCACCUACAACACAAACCUCCUCACUGAAGAGACCGACUCCUUUGUGAACAAGCUGGAUCCUAGCAAAGUGUUCAAGAGCAAGAACAAGACCAUAAUCCCCAAAAAGAAAGGGCCUGCUCAGCCUGCAGGUGGCCAGAAAGGGCCCUCAGGUCCUGCUUCCACCUCUAAAUCCUCCUCUGGGUCUGGAAACCCUGUCCGGAAAUGAGCAUCCCCCUCUGCCUCUCCACCUGCCCCACAGUGGUAAUGUCCAUGCACAGAUGCCCCGGGCAUGGCCCAACCUCAGAGUCUGUGUGUGGAACCACAGUCCUCUCUCCAUCUGCACUUGAUCUCAGCCAAAAGGCUGAGACGCGAUUCCUCUCCCCAUCUGAAUGACAGAAUCCUAGGCCUUUUACUCCCAUUGGCCUGAGCCAGGAGUUGCAAGGGCAUACUCAGGUCUCCCCAAGAAUCCUUCCUGCAUACCCAUUACAGCAGGUUGUGCCAUCUACUGCUCCUGGGAGCUGUGAGGAAUGUAAGCUUUUAUGUAAGUGACUAAGUAGAUCUGUUAAGAGCUUUCUUGUUUUUCUACCCCAACCCCUCUACCCGUCAGCAGUAAUUACAGAGGUUCCCCAAAGAAACCACUGGUUUUGACCUAGGAGGCAUUAGAACUAGGCUGUUCAAAUUGGUAGCUACUUUUAAAGCCGCUAAAUUUAAGCCAUAUUAAAAAUUCAGUUCCUUAGUUUUAUUAGCCACAUUGGGUAUAAUAUAUUCAUGUGGCUAAUGGGUUCUGUAUUUUGAUGAAACAUUUGUAUCAUCACACAAAGCUCUGUUGGGUAGCACUACAUUACAAUAUUUUUGCAUUACCCUUACUCAGAUCAGUUCAUUUUUGUUAGAGAAUAUUAAACACUCUCACAGUUUGAUGGGUUAUAAUGUUCCUCGUAAAAUCCUGAAGAUACAUUUUUAUGUUUUUUAUAUCCUUCCCCACAAGCAAAUCUUGCUUUGCUCAUUUUCAAUUUUCAAUAGUUUUUCAUCUUCAUCAGUUUUCUAUAAAGUUUCUUGUUUCCAGU